AUGGCGAGUGUGAUCCAUUUAAUACCAACACCUAAAGAGUUUUACGUUGAACUACAAGAACACGCUGACCUUGCAGAGAGUAGACGACGGAAGCGAUUUCUUGCAGUGUUGCUAUUGCAGCGAAUGACGCGUGGCUAUUUAAUAAGAAAAUAUAUAGCCUGGUUGUCUAAAAAUGCGAUUACUAUUCAAUGUGCUUUCAGAGUACACACAGCACGUAAAGCAUACCGUGCAGCCUUGAAAAGAGCUGUUGCUAACAAACAUUCAAAAUUCUAUGCGCGUGCUGCAACGAUUAUACAGGCCCUUUGGCGAGGACAUAAUUCCAGGAAAAAAAAGUUUUGUUACCGUUCGUAUAGAAAAUGGCUAUUCACAGUGACAGAACGAGGUGAAAGACGGGCUGCAGAAGCUGUUGAAUUUGGUAUAAGGAGUAGAGCUGAUGAUUUAAAAAUUCUAGAAGAAGAGGCAAGACAGUGGCUAGCCUUCGUUGUAUUCAAAUUACAUCACUUAUUGAGAACAUAUGUUUGUGCAGGUGUUUACUCACAAUCUAACUCCACUGAAUUGUCAGAUUUUGAAAAGCUUCUGAAAUCCAUUCAUUAUACUGAGUAUAUGAAAAGACUAAAACGAAAAUACAAUGAAUUUGUAAAGAAAUUUCGUCCUCGCUUUGCAAAUAAACACUUAUUUCCAAUAAUUGGUGACGGUGCUGAUUACUGGUACCUUUCAUUGCCUGAAAUGUAUGAAUUGACAGCUCCUCUACAUAGACAUACCGAUAGUCGGCAUCUUUCAACACAUCAUGGAUCUAUGCACAAGAAACCUUUUCUUUGGAAGAAAGUUAGGCCGCAAUAUUUAGAAGAGAGUAGAGGACCGUAUACGCUUCCGAAAACGCCAACUCCGUUAUCACCACCUCCGCCAGCGCCAACUCCAAAUGGUGACCAAAGACCUCAUAAAGAUCCUCGUUUUUAUCUAUACAUGAAACAUUACACUCCGCAACCAGAUAUUUUUGAAUACGUUGACUUCCAUGUUAAUAUAUUGUUAGCUAGAAAAUUCUCAAUUCAAAAUAUAGACAAAGAAUCAUAACUGUUUUUUUUUUCAAAUCCACGAAGUGCUCGUUAAU